AUGUCACUUCCCCCUCAAACGCUCAAGGGCAAGGUUGCCAUUGUCACAGGAGCAUCACGAGGAAUUGGAGCCGUAAUAGCCCUUGACCUGGCAAAGCGUGGAUCAGAUGUGUGCGUGACUUAUAUGUCCGAGUCUUCCAAAUCUAAAUGUGAAGAUCUUGCUGCUGAGGUGUCGAAGUUGUUGAAUGGCACGAAACUGGUAUAUUUCCGGGCUGAUGCCUCGCAAGAAGAAUCAGCUGAACAGGUCGUCGAAAUAACCACCAAAUCCUUUGGAAACCACAUUGACAUCUUGGUCAACAAUGCUGCAAUAGAGAUUGAUCGUCCAAUCACCAAAACCACAAAAGAGGACUUCGACAAAGUCUACCAUACGAAUGUGCUCGGACCUCUGUUACUUACCAAAGCUGUGAUACCUCAUCUGCGAACACCAGGUCGCAUCAUCAACAUCUCGUCCGUGGGCGCUCGCACAGGAUAUAAGAAUCUGGCACUCUACGCGUCCAGCAAGGCAGCACUCGAAGGCCUCACACGAAGUUUUGCAGCAGAACUCGGAGACAAAGGCACAACUGUCAAUGCUGUGGCACCUGGGCCUGUACAGUCAGACAUGUUGAACCAGAUUCCGGAUGAGAUCAAGAUUCCUCAGAGACAAGCAACCGCGGUGCAGAAGCGCUUUGGGGAGCCACAAGAGAUCGCAAAUGCUGUUGCAUAUCUUGCUGGACCUGAUGCAUCAUGGGUGUCUGGUCAAGUGCUGAACCUGAGUGGCGGUUGGACAAUGUACUGA